AUGAAUGUGAAAAAACUAAUAGAACAACGCGCUAAAACAAAAAUUACCAAAGAAAGAGCUGAAUUAACCUUAAUGAUAGCAGCAAUUUAUUCUGAACAAGGUUGUCAUGAUUCUGCACUAGUUGAAUACAAAAGGUAUCUAGAGAUAUGGGAGACGAAAGAGGACAAUCUUCAGUGUGCAAUAGCUAACAGAUACCUAGCUGAGUGUUAUAUUGAGUUAUGCGAUUUCACUCAGGCAAUUAUUCAUACAAAUCGAUAUCUUCAAUUGUCGCAAAUUAUUGACAAUAAAAUGGAACAACAAAGAGCCUAUGUAACACUGGGAAGAUGUUUUCUGAAUCGUGUCGACACUUUAAAAGAUGGUCCUUUAGUUGUCAAGAGUUUAAAGUCAGCCAGUCAAGCACUAGUGAAUAGUAUAAAACUUAUUAAAGAUUUAUCUCCUAAUCUGGAUGCUAAAAGUUCUGCUGAAAUGCGUGCCGUGUCACUGCUCAACCUUGGUCAUGUUGAACGUGCACAACACAAUCAUAAUGCAGCUUUAGAAAGUUUUACACAAUGCAUCACAUUAGCACGAAAGCAUAGCUUACAGAAAAUUCUAUUUCGUGCUGCAUAUCAAGCUGGUGAAAUGCUAAUGAAUAAAGUCGCAAUGCAUACCUUUCAACCGUGCUCUCGGUCUGUAUUCCUUAAAUUGAUCAAACAGAGUGGAACAGAAAAAGCCUUGGAGAUCGUUCGGUCUGCUCUCUCCUCUCCUCUAGCAAAACCGUAUGUCGAUAAUGAAGCUAAACUUUUGUGUGGAAAUCUAAAGGAGUUAUUAGCUCAGAUAUAUCUUUGUGACGGGAAUAGUCGUAAAGCGAUCAAGAUAUUUCGAUUGUUGAAGAUAGAAUCUCCGACUGCCUCGAAACAGUACACUAGCAUGAUGAAGAAAGGUUUUCGACUUAUGAAUCUAUUCAACGAAAUUCCAAAUGAAGUGUCUACUGUGCAUGACUUUAUUGCAGCUUCUCGUAUUCAUGAAAAGCUAGGCGAUCUUUAUUCUGGUAUCGAUCUACAAGGCUGUGCACUCAGACAUUAUCAGUUCAUGCUUGGAUUUUCAGAACUGGCUUAUAAACAACAGUCUAUACCAGGUGUUGUUGUUCCUGACGAUAUUGUUAAAUUAGUCGAUGCUGCUCUCAUAUCUAUCGCUGAAACAUAUCGUGCACUUACUUACUAUGACCAGUGCGUAGAAAUGUAUAGACGUGAAAUUUUAUGGGCUACUUCUACUGGUUUAUCUACAAGUGAUAUGGUUACAAGUUGGUUGAGUCUAGCACAGGCUCAACGUUUAAUGCCAAACACCAAUACGUCGACUAUUCAGCAUACAGACAGUUCUGAAACUAAUCAGAAGACUACUUUGAAUGGUUCAGAGACUGUAUUGGAUUCGUUAUUGUCCGCGCACAAAACUUCUAAACUCGUUGGUUCUACAUCUUUAAUUGGUGAUUGUUUACGAGAAUUGUUGGAUUACUAUGAACAGUAUAAUUAUACAGAUAAAGCCUAUACAAUACGCGAGGAAUUGAAAAAAAUUGACCAGGCAGCCUGUUCACAAGCAGAAAGUGAAAAAGAUCAAGGGGAUGCUGAAGAGGAAGAAGAAGAAGAAGCAGAGAGUGAUGAUGAUGAUGAUGACACCGUAACUCAAUUUUUAGAAUCCCUUUCAUCAGAUUCAGAACUUGAACAGUGUAUCGGGAAUACAGAGCUUAUAGAUGAAUUUCAAGACGGUACUCGAAGUAAAAAGUCUGGGAAGGCGAUUUGUUUAAAAACUAAUAUGAAAGGUGAAACACCAUUACAUGUGGCUGCAAUCAAUGGGGAUAUGGAACAUGUAGUGAAAUUAAUCGAAGUUUUGGGUCAUCCAGUUAACGUUCCAGAUGGUGCUGGUUGGUUACCGAUUCAUGAGGCAGCAUUUCACGAUAGAUCAGAGAUUGCAACUUAUCUACUUGAUCGUGGAGCUCGUCUAGAUGAUCCAGGCUAUCCAGACGACUAUUCAACGCCACUAUUUGAAGCUGUUCACAAUGGUAGUUUGACAACUGCUUUAAUUUUUGUUAACAGAGGUGCUAAUCUCUGGCAUAAGAAUAAACAAGGUGAAUAUCUGCCAAAUUUAUUAGAUCAAUGGGAACCAACACGUCAUGCAUCAGGGACAUUUGCUGAACAACGCGUAAAAUUUAAUGAAUUGUUAACAGCUAUUAAAAAUCGACUUGGAGAUGAUUAUGAUCGUUGGUGUAAUCUUAAAAGUGAAAUUUUAGAAGUUGAUCAUUCUUCUACUGAAUCUGCUGAUUCACCUGAAUCAGUGAAACAUUCUUCAACAUUUCGUUCAAAUCGUCGAAAAUCAAAGCAUUAUUAUUAUUCAUCUUCACUUUGCGAUAUCAAUGAAACCCAGUCGAUACAAUCAUCAUCAUCAUCAUCAAAUGUGAAUAGAAGAAAAUCUUUACGCGGUAGGAAUUGGAAAGAUUUACUUGUCGACUUGGAUGAAGAUUCUCAAUCUUCACCUCCGAUCAUCAAUUCGAAGAAAGCCAAUGUGGAUGCUGUAGAAUCAUAUAAAGCAGCUAUGAAAGCUGUUGGCAGUUCAAAAACAGUUUCUACUGGUAAACGUCAUUCCCUUUGUGAUCCAGACACAUCAGAAACAAGGAAACGUAAGAAAAAAUCAAAUGUUGUAGAUGUAGAUGAUAGUGAUUGGUUAGUUAUCGACGAAAAGCCAACCGGAUCUAGAUCCGUAUCAAGCGCAAAUGUGAAAGGUCAUUUUGAAACGUUGAAUGUGAAACGUGGUAAAUCGAAAUCUACUGUUUCUGACAAAAAUCGAUCUCAGGAAGAAGUUAUUGACUUCUCACCUCAUCUAGCCUUUACUUCUACACAAAAUGAAAAUUUGUCAACCCAACCAACGGCCAAUAAUCGUGUACAUUCACUGAAAUCCACUUCUACGCCAAUUAAAGACAAAAAGGAAUUAAGCCAAUCUCUUCAUCGAGUAAUUAAGGACUCUUCUUCUUCUCAUGACAAGGUUAAUUCAAAUAAUAAUAACCCUGUGCUGAGUGGAUCUGGUGAUCAGCCUAUACAAGCGGCGAAAUUUCCAGUUAACGAAUGUUCAGGAGCGUCUCAUUCAAUUAAGGUAGCAUUUCCUGAUAUAUCUGUACUGGUUCCAGUUGAUUCAUUAUCACGCAGUGUUUCAUGGUUGGCUACAGAAGCCUAUCGUCGACGUCAAAUUCUAAUGGGAUUUAAUAAUACAAAUACUCCGUGCAUAGAUUCCAGUGAAUUAGUUCGUUUAAGUACUCGAGAUAGAGCCUUACUUCUUCCAUCAGAUCGUUUAUAUGCAGUUAUUCCAAAUCUAAGUCAAUCUGGAUGUAUUGUUGAACUUCUUGCUGAAUUGAAUGAAUCACUUGGUAAACGCACAGUAACUUCGAGUAGUAGUAGUAGUACUCAAUCAAAUCAACCUGUACAAUUUCCUCAUCCUGUUGUGUAUUCAUCACAAUUGAAUUAUGAACCAAGAAUGAAUGAAUCACCUAGCGAAUUACUACCACCAUCUUUCUAUCGUUCCAUUAUUGAUAAAGCCAGAAGUACAGGUGUUGUGGAUCUUUCUCAUCUUGGCAUGGAUGAUUCAGAGUGUUGUAAAUCUUUAGGUUAUAUCGUCCGUGGCGGUAUUCGUGUUAUUACAGAUAUCCAACUUCAAGGUAAUUCAUUAACAACUGAUUUAUUGGACAUUGAAAAUACCUCAACUAAUUGUUUUUGUUUAAAUCUACUGGGUUAUUUAAGUCAAAUUUCAUCUCAAUUGGUUAAAUUAAAUCUAAGCAUGAAUCUAUUCAAUGGACAGUUUAUCAAACGAUUAUUGAAUGGUUUAUCAAAACAAUUUAAAGAAAAUGAAAGCCCGCGUGUACUUAUGCCUCGACUUCAAUAUUUAAAUCUAAGUUAUAAUCCACUUCUUGGUGCUGGUGGUGGUGGUGGUGGCGGUGGUUAUACAGAUUCGGGCUUUGAUCUCAUGAAAACAUUUGAUCAUCAUCAUCAUCAAAUAAUGAAUAGAAAUUCUACAAACUACUACUACUACAACUGUUGUUGGACAGGAUACAUUAAUGACAUUUUAAAAGCCUUUCCUAAAUUAACCUAUUUCAAUUUGGCUGGAUGUUCAUUAGGAGGAAAUAGUACUACUACUACUACAGAGAAUUAUACUGAUCUCCAUGGUGGUGGUAGUAGUGAAAAAAUUCUGUAUAAUAUAAAUACAGAUUCCUUUGUAUCCUGUUUAUCUGAAUUGGAUUUAAGCUGGAAUCCGCAUAUAUCUCCUAGUCAACUGGUGAAUUUAUUUUCUAUGAACUCUUUAAAAGCUUUACGAUGUCUACGUUUAAGAGGAUGUUCUACACCGAAUAAUGUCAACAUGUUAACAUUGAAUCAAUGCCCAGUUAGUCUACCUAUCGAUUCAUUUGAAUUAUCCUCAUUCAACUGGUUAUCAUCAAAUUAUUCAUCAACAAUGCUUACAAAAGAUAUAGAGAAAUUAAACAACUUUGAUAAACCAUCAUCAGGGGAUGAAUUGUUAAAGGCGCUGUGUUCUGCUUUAAUCAGUGGGGAAAUUCGUUUGCAAACACUGGAUAUGGGACAUUGUCAAUUAACCUAUCAUUCAUUGACAAGUUUGAAAAGCUUAUUCGGUACACCUGGAUCGUCUAUAACUACACUGAUAAUUGAUCAUAAUCCAAUGUUAAGAAAUGUAAUCAUCUCAGAUACACAACCAUCUCCAGCAUGGAUUCGAGUACUUCAAGCCACUACUCAAUCAGCUUCAGCAUUGGUCAGUCUGACAAUUGAUUUGCCUCAGAUUCCAGAGAAUAAUCCCGAUGCUUUGACAACAGCAUUCACUGCUGUUGAAUCAAAAUUGUUACCGGUUUUAUCGCCGACACCUUUACAAGAAUUAGUUAUUGUUCAUUAUAAAGCUAUUCACUGGACACCUCCUAACUUAUGCAUUGAUAGUAACAAUACAAUAAUAAUAAUAGUAAUGCUCAGAUAA